AUGGACCCUACUCUCACUGUCAAUUCUAAGGCGUUAAGCCCUUGGAAUACCGCCGAAGUUGGUUACUUCUACCCUGAAAAUGACGCCUUGAAGCAUAUCGAGACUGGAGACAAUCAUAUCAUCAUAUUUCACAACGCAGAGGCCUUUGUCAGUCACCUCCAUGGCAUCGCUAUCUUCAAAACAGAGGCUGUAGUUCGAGCCAACGUCCACUCAUGUUUGCGUGAAGUUGCCCUGGAGUGGUACAUUACGGAGUUAACCCACCCUGAAAGAGAAGAGCUUCGCAACCUUCCACUUGAUCAAGGGUGGUUCAUGCAAAUUUUGUUACGGUUCAACCCGUCCCCCAAAAUAGCCCGAUUUAGAUAUGAAACUGCCAACUUUUACAACAGGAACCCUUUCCGAAUGGCCUACAAUUUGAUUCGAGAUGGCCAUGCAGCUGGUGUCCACGACUUGACUGAACAUUUGUGUCAGAUCUGGCGCUGUCUCGAUACAUCGGUUUCAAACGUGUGCUUUCUGGAACAAACCGGCUACAAAGGCCUACUUAUUCAGCCUGGACCUGGGGAUGUCUUGUCGAUUUUCCAUCGGGAACUCAAUCACCGGAUUAUGGAUUUCGCAAUUAAAAUGCAAGAUUAUGAUGCUGUUGUUGAGGAUGACCCUUAUCUUUUCCGCGAGUGGUGCCGGGACCCUCUAAGAUGGUCGAACGUCGUUGCGAAUUACUCGUACAAGAUUAACAGCUUUCAAUCAACUGCGACACAGAAUGCGGGAUUCAGGCUCGAGAUCUGA